UAGUAUUAGGCUUUUAAAAAAUGUUGGCGAGCCGUUGCUAGGGGCAACCGGUCUGUUUGCAAUUUGUUUUGAUCUAGAAGUCGGAUUUGAAAGGGACGAUUUCGAUGGGGUUUUCGAUUUUCUCUUGUUUGGGUUCCCUGUGUUUUAUCCACGUGAUUGAAUAGAUCACUAACAAAAAAAGUUUACAUGCAGUACCUUCCUAAAUAUCGAUCUUCACAUUUCAACAUCAAAUCAAAAUACAACCUUCCAUUUUACUCUUGAAAUAUGCCUAAAUUCGCUAACCAGAGACGCAAAAAGCGGCGUUUUUGUGGGAACCGCUUUACAGGAAGUCUCAAUUUAGAGGAAAGCGAGUAUAAGAGAGUUGAAAACAGUCCUAAUGAGUCGGAAAACGAACAGAGUUGUUCGACUGGCAUGGAGCCUGUUCAAGAAGGCAAUCCUGCAAAAUCUGCUUCUUUUCGAAAGCUUUCGAAAACCCCUGUCGAGGCAGAUACAGUGCCUAAACCUUCCCAAUCCACUGCAAAGGUAUCUGAUGCUAAGGUGACCGGGUAUGGUUUCGUGGAUAUGGACAUUCUUAGCAAUAUUUUCGCUUUGCUACGAUGUGGUGACUGUGGCGAGUUCUGCCUUGUGCUCGGAGAAGACGAGCACAACCGGAAGGGUUGUGCCUCGAAGCUACGUCUAACCUGCCAGAACUGUAACUGGAAGCAUUUCACUUAUACUUCGAAAGUUCAAGGGCAAAGUUAUGAAGUGAAUCGCAGACUGGUUUACAGCAUGAGAACACUCGGAAAGGGACAUACUGGAGCCAGAAAGUUAUGUUUACUUAUGAACAUGCCGCCACCACCUACUGCGAGGGAAUUCACUAAAAACUCGCGCACACUGCUGAAGCAUGUAAAGGAAAUUGCAAUCAAAAGUAUGGGUGGUUCUGCAAAAGAGCUUAAAGCAGAUACAUUGGAUGGGCCAACCAAUUGCGGUGCUUCAUUCGAUGGCACCUGGCAGAGAAGGGGCUUUUCAUCUCUGAAUGGCUGUGUCACCGGCAUCUCUAUUGACACAGGGAAAGUUCUCGAUGUAGAGGCCCUUACGGUGUCCUGCAAACAAUGCAAGCUGCAUGGCCAUCUAGAUAAGGAUAGCGAGGAAUACCGUUUGUGGAAGGCAGAUCACAACGACUGCAAGGCCAACUUCAGGGGUUCCGCACCUGCUAUGGAGCCUGAGGGUGUACAGCGAAUCUUCAAUCGUUCUGUAGAGACCCACAAUAUCCGUUACACUGAAUAUUAUGGUGAUGGCGAUUGCAAAAGCUUUAAUAGAGUUGAGAAAGUCUGAGGCUGACAAUAUUAUAGUUAAGAAAAAGGAGUGUAUUGGGCACGUACAGAAGAGAGUUGGUAACUCCCUUCGAAA